AUGCCCAUCGCACCCAUCACCGGAAAGCUCAGGAAGCGCUUCUGGCUCGACCUCUCCGUCGCCCUCGGUAUGGGCAUCAGCGGGGGCUAUGCGUUCUGGUACGGCGUGCACCUCAAGCACGUGCAAAAGCAGGAGGAGUUCUACCUCAAGCUCGAACGGGCCAAGGCUCAGCAGUAG